CGUGGCUGCCCUGAUUCCGUGCGCUGCUGGUUGCUCAGUGUCUGUUCAGAAUCUCAAUCUACCAAGCCAGCGGCCCUUAACUUCUCCCAAAUGGCUAACCUGGUUCUCUAUGGCACGGAGACGAGUCCUCCGGUGCGGGCUGUCCUUCUAACACUGCGCGAGCUGCAGUUGGAGCACGAGUUCCGGCGUCUGGACAUGCAGGCGGGGGAGCACUUGGAGCCGGAAUUGCUGCGCAAGAACCCGCAGCACACGGUGCCCAUGCUGGAGGAUGGUGAGGCCUGCAUCUGGGACUCCCACGCCAUCAUCGGCUAUCUGGUGAACAAGUAUGCCCAGGACGAUGCCCUCUACCCCAAGGAACCAUUGCAGCGGGCGGUGGUGGAUCAGCGUCUGCACUUCGAGUCCGGUGUGCUCUUCCACGGCUGCUUCAAGCCUCUGCAGCGGGCCCUCUUCAAGGAGAAUGCCACAGAAGUGCCCAAGGACAGGAUAGCAGAUCUCCAUGCAGCGUACGAUCUUCUGGAGCUGUUUCUGGGCGAGAAUCCCUAUCUGGCCGGCGGCCAACUGACAAUCGCCGACUUUAGUGUGGUGGCCACCCUGAGCACGCUGCACCUGAGCUACUGUCCCGUGGAAGGCGCCAAGAACCCCAAGCUGUCCGCCUGGCUGGCCCGCCUCUCAGCCCUGCCCCACUACGAAGAGGACAACCUGCGUGGCGCCCGCCUGCUCGCGGACCGGGUGCGCGCCAAACUGCCCAAGCAGUUCGACAAGCUCUGGCAGAAGGCUUUCGAGGACAUCAAGAGCGGAGCCGGCAAGCAGUAGCGCAGCAGUGGGCUCUCGUUGUGGUUCUCCGAACUGGCUGUUCCCUGCUCGCCUUUGUUGUUAUACCUAAAACCUGUACAUGAGUCCGAAUAAAGUUCGCCUGUCCACUUUACUGCCCUCUGCUCUGCUCGGCUCCCUUAUCAGUGCUCCUUGUCAAAUGCACCUCCAGUGGCAACACAGUCCAAAACUUUCCAA